AUGGCUGGAGGUACCGGUACCCCCUCGGCCUACCUUUUGCUCUUUGCCAAGCGAAUCCAGAUGAAUAAGGAAGCCGUGACUUAUUGGAUCAUUGUUGUCGCUGCUCUCAUGGGUUUCUUUAUCGUCUUCCAUCACAGUCGUCUUGCUGCCUCAAAGACUGGUAUAGCUGCAAAGCUGGGGGGUUUGGCAAAACCGUUCGUCGUUGUGUCCCGAUCCCUUCGAAGAGUCACCAUCCACAAGUUUCCUGGUUUGCCAUCCAACGGCCACUUCCUCACUGCUCUCGUUUAUCUCGCAGUCAACGUCGCCUUGCUUUUCACCCACAUCGACGCCUCAGUUCUGCCGUACAUCACAGUCAUUGCGGCUCGUGCCGGAUGGCUAUCUAUCACCAACAUUGCCUUCGUUGUCUUCCUCAGCCUAAAGAACACCCCUCUCGGCUUCCUGACUGCCUGGUCCUACGAACGUCUCAACGUCCUCCACCAAAUUGCCGGUUAUGUCACCAUGUCUCUCAUCAUCGUACACGGUGCUACUUACUCCGCAUACUUCAUUGAGUCUGGUAACAUGGCACGCCUCCGAGUCAGCGAGGAGAUUUACGGCAUGGCUGCCGGUUUCACGUUCUUGACUCUUGUCCUUGCCGGCGCAAUCGUUCGUCUUUGGUACUACGAGCUGUUCUACAUCCUCCACGUGUCUUUCUUCGCCAUCUCGCUGGUUAUGGUCGGCCUUCAUCAGCCUGAUAUGAGCAAGAAGAUCAUUGUCAUCACGGCAGUUGCUGCUAGUAUCUGGGUUGCCGACCGCGUCGUGAGAUUCGUUCGGGUUGUCCUUUACAGCUUCAACAACAACGCCACCAUCUACCCGCUCCCCCAUGGCGGCACUCGUAUCAUUUUGAAGAAGGCCCCCCUUGGAGCCAGCUCUGGCGAACACUGCUUCCUCUGGAUUCCCAAGAUCCGCGCCCUCGAGAUGCACCCCUUCACGAUCGCCGCCAUGAACCCCCUCGAGUUUGUCGUUAACUCGUACGACGGCUUCACCCGUGAGCUUCACGAAUACGCCGUCCAGAACCCCGGUGCAACCCUCAAGGCCUCUGUCGAAGGAUCCUACGGCACAUUCCCCAACCCCGCAGAGUACAACAAGAUCGUCCUGGUCGCCGGAGGCAGCGGAGCCAGCUUCACAGUAGGCACGGUCCUCAACCUGAUCAAGAAGGUUGCGCAGGGAUCGAAGCCGAGCGUCACUUUUGUAUGGAUAGUAAAGGAUCCCGCUCGUCUCGAGUGGUUCGCCGGCCACCUGUCGACGAUUCGCCAGGCCCUCAACGCCUCCAUCCAGCUCUACGUUACCCGCGCGCCCGGAAGCCAGGAUAAUUCCCAGAAUCCCAGCUCCAAGGAGGACCGCUCCCGCUCGGGCACCAUCUCAUCUGAAGCGUCGACCCCCUUCACCCCUUCGUCUGAGAAGUUCGAGAUCACCAACGGUGUUCCCCAGCACCCCCCCAAGAUCCUCACUGGCGCUCUAUCCGACCUUGAGAAGUCCGGCUCCGAGUCUGAUGCUACGUCUCCCAACUCUCCCACCAUCCAGCAGAACAAAGCCUUGAACAGUUUGGGUAGUAUCCCUGUCCACUAUGGCCGCCCCAACGUCGUCAAAAUCAUUCAGAACGCCAUCAAUGAGACCUCUGCCGAUCAGCGCGUUCUCAUCAUGGGCUGUGGUCCCGAGGGCUUGAUGACGCAGGUCCGCAACACGACCGCCGAGUGCAUCAGCACGUCUGGUCCUGCCGUAGAGCUUCACUGCGAGCAGUUUGGCUGGUAA